CUAAUCCAAUUAGGAAUAGAAAGUUAGCAUAGGGAUUAGGGAGUGUAUAAAAGGACAGGAACGAGCCUCCAAAGUCCAAAUCGAUUGGGCGUGAUAAGAGCCAGCCAUGGAAGAAGACAGGGUCUUGCGAUUGAGAGAAGCCAUGGCGGAGAGCGGUUCGAGAUCCGAUCACCCGAUUCUCUGCGAAUUCUGCUUCGGGGAAGACAAUCCCCGCAUCACCGAGGCGCCUUACGAUUACUCUUGCAAAACGUGCGAGCGACCCUUCAGGCGGUUCCGGUGGAGGCCGUGUCGGGACGGGAGGUACAAGAAGACGGAGAUCUGCAAGCCGUGCUGCGUGUCGGGAUUGGUCUGCCAAGGUUGCGGUGUGGAGCUGUCGAGUUUGGCGCCGGAUCAGGUCCGAGAAACCACACUUCAUGUGGCCACGAAUCAUGACGUUGGGAGUAAUAGGAAUGGCGAAAUCUGAUGAGCCACCUCUCCGAUCCGCCACUUCCAGCUCCUGCGUUUCUUUAUUUUCUUUUUUUUCCUGUUUUUAUUUCAGUACUUUGAAUGCCUGUCUUUUGGAAGAUUUAUGGUCGUUGGUCAAAUUUUAUUUACCUUCUUUCUUAAUUUUUGAACAAUUUAAUUAUGUGACUAUUAGUUUUAGUUAUUGAAUAUUGAAUACUUAGCAAGUAUUAUUAAGGAAAUAAAAUAUUUUAGGUACG